UGGCCGUCGGGCUGGGUCCCAGGCUCCAGCCCAGCGCGGAGACGCGCUUCCUCUUCCGCAUUCCCAGGCGUCCAGAGGAGAGGGUGCCCGCGAGUCCGAGUCUCCGCGAGUCCCGGGUCUGAGCAGCCUCGGGGCGUCCGGCUGCUGCAGCCGCACCCGGGGCGCACGGGCCAGAAGGGCGCGGGAAAAAGGGAGGGGUGCCUCCUGCCGGAAAAUGAGGAAGCCCGACGGGAAGAUCGUACUUUUGGGGGACAUGAACGUGGGCAAGACGUCGCUGCUGCAGAGGUACAUGGAGCGGCGCUUCCCGGACACGGUCAGCACGGUGGGCGGCGCCUUCUACCUGAAGCAGUGGCGCUCCUACAACAUCUCCAUCUGGGACACUGCAGGGCGCGAGCAGUUCCAUGGCCUGGGCUCCAUGUACUGCCGGGGGGCGGCCGCCGUCAUCCUCACCUACGACGUGAACCAGGCCCAGAGCCUGCUGGAGCUGGAGGACAGGUUCCUGGGCCUGACGGACACGGCCAGCGCCGACUGCCUCUUCGCCGUCGUGGGAAACAAGGUGGACCUGAGUGAGGAGGGGCCCGGAGAGGGCGGCCAGGAGGGGGGGCACGGCCCCGGGCCGGCUGGCGGCGGCGGCUGUGCGGCCCCCAGGCUGCCGAAGCAGGUGCAGCCGGAGGACGCGGUGGCCUUUUACAAAAAGAUCCUCAAGUACAAGAUGCUGGACGAGAAGGACGUGCCGGCUGCGGAGCAGAUGUGCUUCGAGACCAGCGCCAAGACCGGGCACAACGUAGAUCUGCUGUUUGAAACCCUGUUCGACACGGUGGUGCCUGUGAUCCUGCGGCAGAGGGCCCAGGGGCCGCCGCAGACCGUGGACAUCGCCAGCUCCAGGCCGCCCGCACGGACCAGACCUGCGUGCUGCGCCUGACGCGCCCAGGCCCG